GACAAUUAACGUAAAACGGAACAUGUAAGAAUACGACGAAAUGAAAGAAAUCAUGUGGAAAUCAUCCUGUUCACACAUUUUAUACUUUGUUGGUAUAUUACGAAAGCAAUGAUGUUCAGUGGUGAUUGUUUUUUAGUGAAAUUUUUCAGUUGUCUAAGUGAUAUAGCGCGGCAAGUAUAGGUGUCCUUAGGUCCUUGCACAAUGUUUCAACUGUGAUUUAUUUUAAUCAACAUGACUACAAUGAAGAAUCCUAAUACGUCGUCUUCUAAACUCGCCCUCUUCAGUCAUAUUAAAUACGAACACCUGGUAGCUGGAAUAUCAGGUGGUGUCACCUCUACUUUAAUUCUGCACCCUUUGGACCUUAUCAAAAUCAGAUUUGCAGUUAAUGACGGCAGGACCGCAACAGUACCGAGAUAUGAUGGCCUUGGUAGUGCUUUUGUUACAAUAGUUAAAAAGGAAGGUGUAAAAGGAUUGUACCGUGGGGUUACUCCCAACGUCUGGGGUUCUGGAUCUGCUUGGGGCUUUUAUUUCUUAUUUUACAAUGCAAUAAAAACAUGGAUACAAGGUGGCAAUGCACGGACACCUUUGGGACCUGGCCUUCAUAUGUUAGCAGCGGCCGAAGCUGGAGUUCUCUCUCUCAUUAUGACCAACCCUAUCUGGGUGGUGAAAACUCGCCUUUGCCUUCAGUACAGUGAUGAACAUCUAGCUGACAAUAAGAGGUACAAGGGCAUGGUCGAUGGCCUCACAAAAAUAUACAGAACUGAAGGCAUCAGAGGGCUAUACAGGGGCUUUGUGCCGGGCAUGUUUGGUGUGUCGCACGGCGCGCUGCAAUUCAUGACAUACGAGGAGAUGAAGAACAGAUACAACGAGUACAGGAACCUGCCCAUUGACAUUAAAUUGACAUCACUGGAAUACUUGUCGUUCGCGGCGAUAUCAAAGCUGAUAGCUGCGGGCGCGACGUACCCGUACCAGGUGGUGCGAGCGCGUCUCCAGGACCAGCACCGCAGCUACCGCGGCGCCUGGCACUGCGUCACCGACACCUGGAGACACGAGGGCUGGAGGGGAUUCUACAAAGGUUUACAACCGAACCUCGUACGAGUGGUGCCCGCUACAAUGAUCACAUUCCUCACUUAUGAAAACAUGUCUCAUUACAUGUUGCGAAGGAGACAACAAUUAAAUAUAUCAUCGUAAUUAGUAUACGUGAAACCACACAACUUCAAACAAUUUAGCAAAUCUAGAUAAUUUUAU